AUGGCCCAGGCGGAAAAGGCGGAGCAUCGCUCGGUGGUGAUGGCGGCGUCGAGGCUAGAGCUGAAUCUGGUGCGGCUGCUGUGCCGCUGCGAGGCGAUGGCGGCGGAGAAGCGGGACCCGGACGAGUGGCGUCUGGAGAAGUACGUGGGGGCCCUGGAGGACAUGUUACAGGCCUUGAAGGCCCAGGCGAGUAAACCAGCCUCCGAGGUGAUCAAUGAAUACUCUCGAAAGGUGGACUUUCUGAAGGGGAUGCUGCAGGCAGAGAAGCUGACCUCAUCCUCAGAGAAGGCACUAGCCAACCAGUUCCUAGCUCCCGGCCGUGUGCCAACCACAGCCCGGGAACGGGUGCCUGCCACGAAGACAGUACAUCUACAGUCGAGGGCGAGGUACACCGGCGAGAUGCGGAGUGAGCUGCUAGGCACGGACUCUGCUGAGGAGCCUAGGCUGGACAUAAGGAAACGAACCGGGGUGACAGGGCCCAGGCCAGUGGAUGAGAAGCAGUCGGCAGCUGAGCUAGACCUCGUCCUCCAACGACACCAGAAUCUCCAGGAGAAACUGGCGGAGGAGAUGCUCGGGCUCGCCCGGAGUCUCAAGACCAAUACGCUGGCCGCUCAGAGCGUGAUAAAGAAGGAUAACCAGACCCUGUCACACUCUCUCAAAAUGGCUGACCAGAACCUGGAGAAGCUGAAGACAGAGUCGGAACGACUGGAGCAGCACACACAGAAGUCGGUCAACUGGCUGCUCUGGGCCAUGCUCAUCAUCGUCUGUUUUAUCUUCAUCAGCACGAUUCUCUUCAUCCGUAUAAUGCCCAAACGCAAAUAA